AUGUCAAAGGGCAAAGAGAAAGUUAGCAGCAGCAGCAAGCAAUUUAGGUGGCUGCCACCCAUGCAUGAAAUGAUGCUUAGGAUACUUACAAAGAAGGCUGCAAAGGGCAAUAAGCCCUCUAGUACUUUUAGGGCCGGCUCCUUUGCUCUUGUAGCGAAGGAGAUAACGGCCCAAUUCGAGGUUAAGUGCCACCCGUCCUAUGUUGACAACCGGAUGCGAACUCUAAGGACCAUGUGGUCCACUAUUCAAACUCUUAGAAAGAAAAGUGGAUUUGGUUGGGACGAAAAUCUGAAAAUGAUAACUUGUGACGCUAAAACAUACCAAGAAGAAGUUAUGGAUUCCAUUGCUUUUAUAAGGUUUUUCAAAUAUAACUUUCAUGUCACCUUAGCUAUGCACAUCGAAAGCAUGCAGAAUAUCUUAACAAAAAAAAUUGACUUUUAUGAUGAAUUAGCGAUUGUUGUGGGGAAGGACACAACCACAGGUGGCUUUUCUAAGUCCUAUGUGGAUAUUGAAAAUGAGCCAGAGAGUGGGGAUAGUGCAGAGUUUGUUGCAGAUAAUGUGGAGGAAUGUGUGGUUGAAAAAGGAAAGAACACAGUUGAAUCAUCCACCACUGGGUCGGGAAUUUCCAAGUCCCGCAAAAGAGAGCGUGCACCUUCUAAUGCUGAUGAUAGUGUGCUGACUAAUCUGUCUGAUCAGCUGAAGGAAAUAGUUGUCGCUCCGAAAGAAAUCAAUCGGGGCCCGGUGGAUUACAUAGCUUUGUACAAUGAGGUAAUGGCUAUGAUGGCAGAUGGAUAUAGCGAAGAUAUGCUCGCUAUUGCCUUCAACCAUCUUUGUGAAAAUGAGAAGACGGCACGUGGAUUUUUAGCCAAGAAUGCUAGGUUGAGGAAGCUGUGGUUAGAUGGUUAUUUGUUCUCACAAAUUUGA